AUGGCUUCUCCUCAAACCCAACGAUCAGUCAUCGUGACGGGCGGUGCCAGUGGUAUUGGCCUCGCCAUGACCCGGUAUUACGCGUCUCAAGGGUACAAUGUUUCCGUCCUGGACAUCAAUGAAAAGACGGGCCCGGGCAUCAAGUGCGAUGUUUCGUCGUGGGAGGACCAAGCGGCCACCUUCAAGGAGAUUUUCGAGGAGUGCGGUCGGAUCGAUGUAGUCAUGGCCAACGCUGGUAUUUCGGAGCAGGGCCAGAGCUGUAUCAUGCAGGUAGAGGAAGAUGCACCCGCGAAGCCCACCACCAACCAUAAAAUUGGCCCUCCACUACAUGCACAAGAACGACAAGACAUUGCCAUCCCGGGGUCAAUCAUCGUGACAGCUUCCAACGCAGGCGUCUACCCAUUCCCCAUCGCUCCUCUCUACGCAGCCGCAAAGGCGGGUCUUAUCAAUCUCGUGCGAUCCAUGGGCCCUGCAUUGGAGAAGGCGAACAUCCAGAUCAAUGCCCUGGCUCCGGCCGUGCUCGAAACCAAUAUUGCCCCAAGCAAUGACCUCUUCAAGCACAUGAUUAUUACCCCAAUGUCCACCCUGAUCCAUGGGGAUAGUGUGACAGUACGGGAGCCCCACGACUACGUCGACGAGGAUAGCAAGAAGAAUCUGGAGAUGUUUCGGAGUCUGGGCUACGCUUAG